CCGACCUCGGGCUUCCAGUAAAGUGGGCAAAGCGAAAGCGGCCAAGCAUGAUCGAAGUCAUCCUGAACGACCGCGUCGGCAAGAAGAUCCGCGUCAAGUGCAACGAGGACGACACGGUCGGCGACCUCAAGAAGCUCGUGGCCGCGCAGGUCGGGACGCGGCCCGAGAAGAUCCGCAUCCAGAAAUGGUACACGAUCUACAAGGACCACAUCACGCUCGAAGACUACGAGAUCCAUGAUGGCAUGGGCCUCGAGCUCUACUACACGUAAGCGACGAAACACCGAGUGUCUAUUUUAUCGCGUCCA